UUUCAGUGGCGUGGUAAAUAAAAAGAAGGCGGCCAGCUUAGUUACAGCAGAGACGGGCGCCCCUGAGAUUGAGUGUCCUUACCAAGCCUGGGCUUGCGGAAAGCGGGGGCGAAACGAACUACGUCUCCCAAUAUGCCAGAAGGCAGUUCCACCCCUUCCACGCUGGGAGUUGUAGUCUCCCACCCUUUGGAUCCAAUGGAAACCGCGGUUCCUCGCUACCCCGAGACCCCCACCAUGCCUCACAUUGACAACGAUGUGAAACUGGACUUCAAGGAUGUUCUGCUGAGACCCAAGCGCAGCACCCUUAAGUCUCGAAGUGAGGUGGAUCUCACAAGAUCCUUUUCAUUUCGGAACUCAAAGCAGGUGUACACAGGAAUCCCCAUCAUUGCCGCCAAUAUGGAUACCGUGGGCACCUUUGAGAUGGCCAAGGUUCUUUGUAAGUUCUCCCUCUUCACUGCUGUCCAUAAGCAUUACAGCCUCGGGCAGUGGAAAGAGUUUGCUACUCAGAACCCUGACUGUCUUGAGCAUCUGGCUGCCAGCUCAGGCACUGGCUCUUCUGACUUUGAGCAGCUGGAACAGAUCCUGGAAGCUAUCCCUCAGGUGAAAUACAUCUGCCUCGAUGUGGCAAAUGGCUACUCAGAACACUUUGUUGAAUUUGUAAAGGAUGUGCGGAAGCACUUCCCCCAACACACCAUCAUGGCAGGGAAUGUGGUAACAGGAGAGAUGGUGGAAGAGCUGAUCCUUUCUGGGGCUGACAUCAUCAAAGUAGGCAUUGGGCCAGGCUCUGUGUGUACUACACGGAAGAAAACUGGAGUGGGGUAUCCGCAGCUCAGUGCAGUGAUGGAGUGUGCAGAUGCUGCUCAUGGCCUCAAAGGCCACAUCAUUUCAGAUGGAGGCUGCGGCUGUCCUGGAGAUGUGGCCAAGGCUUUUGGGGCCGGGGCUGACUUUGUGAUGCUGGGCGGCAUGCUGGCAGGGCACACAGAGUCAGGUGGAGAGCUCACUGAGAAGGAUGGCAAGAAGUAUAAGCUCUUCUAUGGAAUGAGUUCUGAAAUGGCCAUGAAGAAGUAUGCAGGGGGUGUGGCUGAGUACAGGGCCUCAGAGGGAAAGACAGUGGAGGUACCCUUUAAAGGGGAUGUAGAACACACCAUCCGAGACAUCCUUGGAGGGAUCCGCUCUACGUGUACCUACGUGGGAGCAGCUAAGCUGAAAGAGUUGAGCCGGAGAACUACCUUCAUCCGUGUCACCCAGCAGGUGAAUCCAAUCUUCAGUGGUGACAGCUAGACCCAGCAGUUCUGCCCUCCCAAGGCACCGGCACCCCACCACAGGGCCUCCCAAGUGGGCCCCUCACCAGUUCCAGCUACUAUGGCCAUUUACUGCUAGGCUUUUCCUGUUGUCUCACUCCUGAGAGCUCCUGCAGUAACUGUGCACUUCCCUAUUACACACAAAACACCAGGACGCUUGCUGGAGAGGAAGCAAGGAAGACAAUCUGAGAAAAUGAAGUAAAAUAAUCAAAUGGGAAUCUGGGGACCCAGCAUCCUGAAGAUUGUUAGAAAGAAAAACUGAUUCCUAACUGUUUUACAUGACCUUGGUCUGGAAGAGGCAGGCUUUUUUAGAAUCAUGUUUUGUUAAAGAGCUUCAUUAAAUGAGACCCCUAUCUAAAAAGUUCAGAA